CCUAGCCGCUUCCCUGGCGCGCGCGCUCUCUCCACCUCGCGCCGCCCCGCCCCUCGGUCCUCGCAAUAAGGGGCGCGGGCGGGGCGGGGACGAAGGGGAGCCGCGGCCAGUUCGCAGGUCUGCGUCGCGCCCGCGGCUGGAGCUCAGGCUGGGAGCCCGAGGCCAGUGCCGUCUGGGGCCCCAGGGCGCCGCUGCCCGGCGCGGAUCCGGCCAUGGAGCUCUGGCCCUGGCUGACGGCGGCGCUACUGCUGCUGCUGCUACUCGUGCAGCUGAGCCGCACCGCCAAGUUCUACGCCAAGAUCUCCUUGUACUGCGCGCUGUGCUUCUCGGUCUCCCUCGUGGCCGCUGCUGUCUGCCUGCUGCGCCACGGCGGCCGGACAGUGGAGAACAUGAGCAUCAUCAGCUGGUUCGUCCGGUCCUUCAAGUACCUGUACGGCCUCCGCUUUGACGUCAAGGGACACCGGAAGCUGACGGUGGACCGUCCCUGUGUCAUUGUCUCCAACCACCAGAGCAUCCUGGACAUGAUGGGCCUCAUGGAGAUCCUGCCGCAGCGGUGCGUGCAGAUCGCCAAGCGGGAGCUGCUCUUCAUGGGGCCCGUGGGCCUGAUCAUGUACCUGGGGGGCGUCUUCUUCAUCAACCGGCAGCGCUCCAGCACGGCCAUGACCGUGAUGGCAGAAGUGGGCCAGCGCAUGACCCAGGAGAACCUGAAAGUGUGGAUCUACCCCGAGGGCACACGGAACAGCAAUGGGGACCUGCUGCCUUUCAAGAAAGGUGCCUUCUAUCUGGCGGUCCAAGCCCAGGUGCCCAUCAUCCCUGUGGUGUAUUCCAGCUUCUCUUCCUUCUACAACCCCAGGACGAAGCGAUUCACCUCAGGAACCAUCAAGGUGGAGGUCCUGGACGCCAUCCCCACCAGUGGCCUCACCGUCAGUGAUAUCCCCCAGCUCAUGGACACUUGCCACAAAGCCAUGCGGACCACCUUCUUCCACUUAUCCAACACGCCCCAGGAGAACGGGGCCACUGCGGGGCCUGGUGCCCAGCCCGCCCAGUAGCCGAGGCCUGUGGCAGGCAGGACCUGGAGGGGCAGGGUGCAGGCUCUGGCUAGAGGAUGGACAGAAGGACCCUGCCCUGCCCUGCCUCGGCUGCCAAGUGCCACUGUGGCCCACACCCAUGGCCGGGCGUCUCUCCCUGGGCCCCGGAAGCAGGGAGCCUCUUCCUGUCACCGGCCUCGGAUCCAGGCUGCUGAGGUCACUGCAGAGUCCGCCGGAACCUCCCCAGGCCGAGGGCAGCGCCUGGUCCGCCCUGUGCCUCACACCGGGUGCUGGAGCAGGCCUGGGCCCCGGGCCCUCCUGCUGGGCCUCCCAGCCCGGCCUGCAUCAGGCUGCCAGGGAGGCGCGGGCUCUGGGAGCCGGUCCCGCUCCCUCUGGGACUCCCACUGGUUGUUUUUAUAAAUGAACUCUGAGAAGUGCA